AGAAAAAUAAUAGAAAAAUUGGAUCUGAGGCUCGAAAGUUCCGGAGACAUCGGAGGAACCCUAGAUUAUAUGAGAAGGGGAGAGUGAGGAGAGAGAGAGAGAGAGAGAGUAAAAUCAUGGAGCGAGAGGAGGAGAAGAAGAAAGAGGGGUCAUCGUAUAGGUAUUGGGUGAGGGAAGCCACCGCAGACGCAGCUCCUCCUCCUCUUCCCCAGAAGCUCACAAACAACGACGUCGCUCCCAAUGCUCCUGCACUCGGCUCGCUCUGGAAUCAGGCUGGCACUUGGGAGGAAAAAAGUCUCACCAAAUGGGCCACUGACCGAUUAAAGGAGCUGCUGGGAUCAGUGGGUUCAUUGCAGUUCUCUUCUGGAAAAGCUGAGAUCAUAGAUGUUAACAGAUGUGUUGGAGAUGCCUUCUUAGUCACAGUUCGGAAUAAGAAAAGAGUUGGCUAUACUUACGAACUUUCCCUCAAAGUCGAGGGAGAGUGGUCAUUUGAAGAGAACAUGAAGAAGGUGAAGGGGAGCCUCGACAUUCCUGAAUUCUCUUUCGGCGAGCUUGAUGAUCUCGAGGUGGAUGUGAAGCUCAGCGAAGACAAAGAGCUUUCCCAGCAACUGAAGCAGCGGAUCAGGCUGGAUAUGAAGCAGUUCUUGGACCCUAUACGCCUGAAACUCGGCCAGUUCGAGCAGGAACUCAAACAAAGAUAGAUACGGAUUGGUUUCAUAAUCAUUGUCAUCUUCUUUUUCAUUUCAAUCCAGCCAUUUUCAGUUAGCAUCGAGAACUCGGUUAAACAUAAUAUUGCAUUUUACACCUUUUUUCGUAUUCAUGCUUCAUCUGUUUACCAACAUCUAGCUUGU